AUGAAUAAUUUGUAUAAUAAUUAUUAUAUAUUCGUUUUUUUAAUGUCGGGUAUCUACUUGGCUUUAGGAGUGUUAUUGGUUAUGUCCAAUCUAAAUCUUGGAGUAACUCAAUGGUUACCUACAUAUGAGGCAUUCAGAAGUGAAAAUAUCGACGAUCUAAAUGCAAGCAUAGGAUGGGUAAUCCAAAAUCAAUAUGAAGCUACAUUUGAUGUUGUAACGAAAUGCGGGCCAAUAUAAAUUUUAGGAGGAUUGAGGUCUUUCGGUUCCCAAACUACAAUAACAAAGAUGAUAAAGAUUCCUCCACAUUAUAGACUUAAAUUUAUAAUACAAUUAUGGAAAAUAGGCGAUUGGGAAAAUGAUAAAAUUUAAGUGUUUGUGGAUGGCGUGCCUUGGGAAAUGAAAUGGGGUUUCACAGAAGGAGGAAAACAAAUAUGUGGUGGUCCGAAAAUUCCUAACAGUGAUAAAGUUUAUGACGUCGAAUUUGAGGUAGCUCAUAAUUCCCCAACAGCUACUAUCGUCGUAGCUAGUACCUAAGUUUAGAAAGCAGAUAAAUAGGCGUGGGGCAUACGAAAUAUAAAAAUCUCUUUUAAGGAAUGUCCUUCCCAAUGUGGAAUAUGCCAUAAUGAUAAAGCCAAUGAGUGCAAAUAUUGGAAGUAAGUUGAUCUUAGUUGGUUUCAUACUGACACUUCAUUGGAAGGAUGGAAUUUACAAGAUGGCAAAUAAAAAUCAUUUUAAUGCUCAGGAAUUGUAAUGUUUGGAGGUCCCAACAAUAUUGGAAGUAAGGCCGUUUUAAUUAAAUAAACAAAAAAUCUACCUCCUCAUUAAAAAGUAAUGAUCAAAUUCACUUUAUGGAAGUUUGGAUUAUGGGAUAACGAUCAAUUCUAAGUGUAUAUUGACGAUGAGUAAGUGUACAAGCAGACAUUCUAAAAACUGGAUGGAUUAAGCAUAUGUGGAGAUUCCAAACCAGGGUGUGGGUAGAAAUUGGUGAACAUAGAAAUAAUCUAAAAGCAUAAAAAGAAUGAAAUGACAGUGAAAUUCACUUCAUCUUUAAAGUAAGAUCCUGAAGAUCAAUCAUGGGGUGUAAGAGAUUUCUUUGCUUUUGCAGCCGAAUGUCCAAAAUUCUGUAAGAGUUGCUUUGGAUCAGGAGAUAGCGAAUGUUUAAAAUGUGAAGAAACGCAUUAAUUAAUUGAAGGGAAAUGUGUCAAUAAAGAUGAUUGGUUUAUUUUAACUAAAGAAUUCAAUGAACCUUAGAGUUUUAAAAAGAUCAAGGAAUGGUAGAUCGAAAACAUCGAUCCUAUUCAAUCUGAAGUCGAAACUUCACCUAUCACUUAAUGUGGUAAGGAUGUCAGCAUUUUUGGAGGCUACAAAAUAUUGGCUAAAAAAUCAAUAGUUUCAAAAGUUUACUCCAAUAUUCCAGCACAUAAUUUCUUGAGAUUACGAAUCACUAUGUACAAGAUAGACAGAUGGGAUGGAGAAGAGUUGAUUAUUCUAGGGGAUGAUAAAUUGAUAUGGAGUCAACUCUUGGGUUGGAAUGACCCAGGUCAAUCAAAUAUAUGUGGGGAUCCAAAAAGUCCAUGGAAGGAAAGAAUUAUGUUUAUAGAUUAAGUCAUAUAACAUAAUAAAGAUGAAUUCAAAUUGACCAUCACAUCCACCUUAUAAGCAACUGCGGAGAUUGCUUCAUGGGGGUUUAGGGAUGUUAUGUUGCUUUAUUCACCCAUAAAAGAGUGUAUUACUAUAUUUAGUGAAUGCAACUAUUAAGGUGAAUAAGGAUAGAUUUGUGAUAAUAUUGAAGAAUUAAACAAAUUUGAUUUUUAAAUAAAGUCUAUGCAAAUACCUGAAGGAUUGAAAUUUGUUGGUUUCAAGAAUGCCAAAUUCAAGGGAGACAGAGUUGAGUACACAACAAAUUAGAAAUGUCUUGAAGAUAUUCAAUUUUCAUUCAUCUAAAGAAUAUGA